AUGUUGGACCUUGAGGGACUUGCGCUUGGGGGAAAGCUUGUUGUUGGCAAUGAUAGGUACAUGUUGCAGGUUACAGGUAGUUCUGUCCAUAAACUGGGGUAUGGUUCACCCAGGAGGGUGUGGAACAUGUUGCAUGCACUUCCACUUCUUUCUUCGAUUUUGUUAUAUUUGAGACGACAAACAUGCCAGGUACGAUUCUUCCAGUCUUUAGACUAA